UAAUAAUCCAAAGAGAUUAAAUCCACAUUUCAACAGGAUCCCAUUCAACUGCAUGAUAACAGUGAAGCCUCUAAUGGAAGGCCCUGCUAUGACAUGCUAUAUUAUAAUACCUGAUAUUAGGAAAAGAUAAACUUGCUUUAUUACUGGUGAUUUUAAAACCUACCCUUGCAGAGAGCGUGAGCGUGGAUGACUGUGUGUUUCUGCAUUAACCUUAAAGGACUGGAAACCCAGGCUUUUUGCCUGUUUAACUCUGGGACAGAGACUAGUAAACAGGACAGAGAAGGUAGGGAAAACAACGGAGGGAUGAGCUCACAGAGGAGUAUUGUUUCAUUUUUAAAUCACUAUGAAUAACGACUGAGACAACCAAAACUCUGAAUUUACUUCAACAGAAAGAUAAAAAAUGUGUGAACUGGAUUCUGCAUACAAAUUUUCAUGCAUUUAUGAGGUAAGGUAAAAUUCCUAUUUAUUAUAUGUAAAUGAAUUCCCUUUCCUUCUCUUUCUGUCCCUCAACUCUUUGUGUCGGUAACAAUGACCCUUCAACUUUCCUGCACAAGACACUUAUCAUCCCAAUAAUCCGUGGACGAGAAGGUGGGCUGCAUUUAGACGCUGGAUUGGCAGGAGGAAACGAAAAGGACAAGGCAUCAACAAAGGCUCAUCAGAAUCUCAGCUAGGAGUUAGCAGUGAUGUCAGAGAGGCUGAAGGCUCACAGGAACUGAAGAUUUACAUCCCCUACGAGUCAGCCGAGCUCUGCAUCGCUCAGAUUGCCGAGGACAUGAAAGCAAUGAAGAAGAGGCAUUUGCAAAUGGUGCAGGAACUAGAGGAGAAUUUCCAGAUCACAGCCCGAGAGACACAGGAAUGGAUCAUGCAGAAGGUCAGAUCUCACUAUCAGAGCAAAAUGAACACUCUGAGGAGAUUCCUGGACCUCUACCAGGACAGGGUGGAGAAGAGCAAGGCUGACUGGGUGAAGAAAGUUGCAGAGCUGACUGCACACAAUGAGCAGAUGCUGGAGGAGCAGAGGGCCGAGAGGACAAAAUGGAAAGAAGAGGCUCUGCAGUGGCAGAAAGAAAAGAGCAAAAUGCUGGAGCUGUUCUCCAGCAGGCUGGAUGUCCUGCACUGUCACCAGGCCUCCACACUGCAGGAGCUGCAGAUGGCCAGACAAGAAAUAGGGCAAGUCCAAGAAAUGUUGACAGUACCAGCAGCUUCACAGGAGCUGCAGGAAACAGCAGAGGAAGAGGAGGGGCCAGAUGACAAAGAACAGACUGUGACACGCAGUCUCUCAGAUCAGCCACUGGAGGGCGCCAAUGCCCGUCUGGAGGAGCUGAAGGAGAGCCUGUACCAGAAAGAGAGGGAGAUCACUGAGCUGCUGGAAGCAGAGAGGAGCCCCAUCCCUCCUGUCCCACAGCCACGCUGCAGCGUCCUGCUCCCCGCUGUCAUAACCAAGGCCCAUGAGAUCUGCGGUGCAGUGGCUGAGGCGAGGGCUCUUUUGGACCAAAUGAUCGAAGACAAUCAGGCGGCUUUGGCCGACGCCAGAGACAAUCUGCGUCUGUAUCUGCAAAGCUCUAAAGACGACAGCGAUGACAAAGACAAGUCCAGCCACGAGAGUUCAGACGAGUCAAGUCUGUCUUUUCUACAAGCGACAGUGAGGGAGCAAGAGGUCUGUCAGAUUGCUUUAGACUGCAUCAGAUCUGGGGAAAGCCCUGUUGUAAAUGAUUGUGAAAUGUCUGAGCUGGAGGACAUCCUGGGACAAGAGACGCUUCCAGCCACACAAAGGACCGUAAAGGGAGUGGGCCAGCAGCUUCUCCUGCUGCAGGAUCAGCUGAAGCAAGAAAAGGAAGAGAAAAUGAAAAUCAUUGCAAAUUACACAUCGGAAAGGGCAAUGAGGAAGAAAUAUUACAACAUGGUGGAAGAAAUGAAAGGUAAAAUCAGGGUGUUUUGUCGAAUCCGCCCAGUGAACCGAAGUGAAGCUACACAGGGUGGGGCUGUGGUGGUGGAUAAAUUAGACGACUACUCCGUGACUGUGGAGACCCCCCGUGGGCCCAGAGAGUUUCAGUUCGAUAAGGUGCUGGGUGCAGAGGCCUCUCAGGAAGAUCUGUUCCAAGACGUAAACAGACUGAUGCAGUCGGUUAUCGAUGGCUACAAUGUUUGCAUCUUUGCGUACGGCCAGACCGGCUCAGGGAAAACCUUCACCAUGGUUGGGGACAAGGACCAGAAGAACCCUGGCAUUAUGCCCAGAUCUUUUAACGCCAUAUUCGACAUCAUGCGGGAGAACAGCUCUAAAUCUGACUUCAAGGUCUCGACCUAUAUGCUGGAGCUGUACAACGACAGGCUGCAGGACCUCUUUGUGAGCCAGGCGGGUGAGGCCCAUGCCCAAACACAACCCCACAGCCCGACCAGGCGGGUGGAGAUCAAAAGGAACAGAAAGGGGGUUGUGUUCGCCCAAGGAGCAGAAACAAAGGAUGCUUCCAGUGCCCAGGAGCUUUAUGCUCUGUUCCAGCAGGCUUGCGCCAACCGACACAUCUCCGCCACCAAGAUGAACGUGGAGAGCUCCCGCUCCCAUCUCAUUGUCGGCAUCAUGGUGGAGAGCAGGAAUCUGGCAAACGGGAGCGUGAACACCGGAAAGCUGAACCUCGUAGAUCUGGCGGGGAGUGAAAGGGCAGCAAAGACCGGUGCCAAGGACCACCAGCUCAAGGAAGCAAACUCCAUCAACAAGUCUCUGAGUGCCUUGGGUGAUGUGAUCUCAGCUUUGUCUGCAGAGCUGCCACAUGUACCAUACAGGAACAGCAAGCUCACACAGGUUAUGCAGGAUUCUUUGGGUGGAAAUGCCAAAACCCUCAUGAUUGUCAACAUCUCUCCAUCAGAAUACAACCUUGACGAAACUCUCACGUCCCUCAUCUACGCAACGAGAGUGAAGGCCAUAACCAACAACGCUCAGAGAAAUGUGGACAGCAGAGAGGUCGCCCAGCUGAAGGAGGUGAUCGUGAAGCUGAAAUCUGGACAGACGGUGGAAGAGGUGGAUCUUUGAAGGGUUCUGGACUGCACUUUGUGUUCUGUUGUGCUUUUAGUCCCUGAUCAAACUUUACUCAGGCUUACCAACGAGCACGUGUUAAAUUAGAUACCAGUGUUGUAGUCAAGUCACUAUGCCUCGAGUCCGAGUCUAGGUUCAAGUCUCCAGUGUUCAAGUCCGA